AUGCUAUGUCUCUUUUUCUCUGCUUACAUUAUGACAGGAUACAGGGAUGAUAUUAAGCAACUCUCUCCCUCUUCUAUGCUAUGUCUCUUUUUCUCUGCUUACAUUAUGACAGGAUACAGGGAUGAUAUUAAACACCUCUUCCCUCUUCUAUGCACAAUGUCUCUUUUUCUCUGCUUACAUUAUGACAGGAUACAGGGGAUGAUAUUAAUCACACUCUUCCCUCUUCUAUGCUAUGAUACAGGGAUGAUAUUAAGCACACUCUUCCCCUCUUCUAUAUGUCUCUUUUUCUCUGCUUACAUUAUGACAGGAUACAGGGAUGAUAUUAAGCACACUCUUCCCUCUUCUAUGCUAUGUCUCUUUUUCUCUGCUUACAUAAUGACAGGAUACAGGGAUGAUAAAGCACACUCUUCCCUCUUCUAUGCUAUGUCUCUUUUCUCUGCUUACAUUAUGACAGGAUACAGGGAUGAUACUCUUAAGCUUCACUCUUUUUCCCUCUUCUAUGAUACAGGGAUGAUAUUAAGCACACUCUUCCCUCUUCUAUGCUAUGUCUCUUUUUCUGCUUACAUUAUGACAGGAUACAGGGAUGAUAUUAAGCACUCUUCCCCUCUUCUAUGCUAUGUCUCUCUUUUCUCUGCUUACAUUAUGACAGGAUACAGGGAUGAUAUUAAGCACACUCUUCCCUCUUCUAUGCUGUGUCUCUUUUCUCUGCUUACAUUAUGA